GUGUGGAGGUUUUACAGCUUCACUUCUUACAGCUGUGGUGGCGAGCAGGCUUUCAGCAGCUGCUCAGCGUGCUCUCACGGCUCAGCCGGGUUCCAUCAUGAAGGUCGUGCUGCUGCUCGCGCUCCUCACAGCCUCUGAAUGUGACAGCACAAAGGUCAAAGGUCAGACAGGUCAGAACGUCACUCUGUCCUGUAAAUAUGACAGAAAAUACUACGGAGCUCUGGACGUUUGCUGGGAACGAGGAGAAAUACCACGCAGUCACUGCUACAAUCAGCUGAUCUCCUUUGAUGGAAACACAGUAAAGACCAGAGCUUCCAGCAGGUAUGAGCUGCUGGGCCGACUGGAGGACGGAGACGUUUCUCUGACCAUCCUGAACCUCACAGAGGGAGACGCUGGACGCUACGGCUGCAGGGUGGAGAUACGCGGCUGGUUUAAUGAUGAGAAACAUCACUUUGACCUGACCGUCGUCACAGCUCCACAGAUUCACACAUCAGCAGCCUCACACACAGAGACGCCCUCAGAGCCGACAGCAGCCGCUCAGACCGGAGGUCCCAGAGUCACAGCUGCAGGUCACAUGACCUCCGGAGUCAGCCGUUCCUCCUCCAGCAUGAUGAGCAGCAGCGAGAAGUCUUUCCUCACAGUCAGCUCCAGCAGCAGGAUCCAUGUGAGCGUCCCCACUCUGACAGAGUCGUGUGAAUGA